AUGAGUACGCACCCUGAAUCGUCCGAUAGGCCUGUAACGACAUCGUCAGCCAACCUGGAAAACCUGAGAGCUCAACUGAGCGAAGUUUUGAACAAAUUUAAUGAGCUAAGCAUGGAAAUGAUAGCACAACGCCGCGUAAUUGAUCAGUUAGUCGUUAGUAGCAGCAGUGGUGUCCAACAUGAGCCCUUACCUGCUAGUCAAACUGAACCGCAACCAAUACUUUUACCCUAUACUCAAACCUUUGUUACUUCACAUGUCAUAAAUCCACCUGAAGAGGCUUUCACCUGUCCCACUCAUGGCCUACCACAUACCUAUGCACCCACUAUCCAAACCAAUCCUUCUCACCCUCAAAUUCCCCAAAAUUAUCCACCGGUUAAUCUGAACAUACCACUUGAACCACAAGAACCAUAUUACUAUUCCACCGCUGAACCAUUAACGCUAGACACCGCUUCCCAAGGAAAAAUUGAAGUUGGGGAAUCCUCCAUGCCAAUCGACAAGAGUCUGUUAAAAAGGUUGGACCGAUUUGACGAAUUCAUGAGAAAGAGCCAAGGCUUGAGUAAACAAGGAGGGUUGGAUUAUAACGAGUUGUGUUUGUUCCCCGACAUGCAAUUGCCUGUGGGUUUUAAAGCACCCAAGUUUAGCAAAUAUGACGGAACAUGCAACCCUAAGACGCAUCUCCGAAUGUUUGCCAACAAGUUGGGAAAGCCAGUAGAUGAUGAAAAUUUGCCAAUACAUUUAUUCCUUGAAAGCUUGGAAGGCGAUGCACUGGAUUGGUAUUCUAAUUUGAAGCCUGAUGCGAUGAGGACCUGGAUGGACCUGUCAACUGCAUUUGUGAGACACUACGAGUACAAUUGUGAACUUGCUCCCACAAAAACCACGCUUGAAGGCACUAAAAGGAAACCAUCUGAUGAUCAUAAGACAUAUGCCAAGCGAUGGCAGCUAAGGUGGAACCUCCAAUGA